ACAGACCUCAUGUGCUGUGAGGAGAGGAAGGGACUGCAGUCCUCUGGCUCUCUCACAAACUAACGAGCUCCGGAUCGAAAUCUAGUCUCAACUGAAAAUAUAUUUUGUACAGAAGAAUAGGCUUUGUUAACGCUUUGUCCUAGAUCUGUAGGAUACUAUGAUUAAAAUAAUAAUGCAACCGUUUUAAGUUACAUUUUAAAUUUGAAAUCUCGUUCAUAAUGUGGAGUCGAUCUACACUCAAGUUUAUCUUCGGUGUAUUAGCUGUGAUUAAAGUUCAGUCAGCCUCAGAAGAGCUGUGUCCUCGACAAGAGCCCCUUCCUGGAGUUUUGGUCUUGAAGUUAGGAAGCAAUGUUUUGCUUGGCUGCAGAGGCGGUGUCUCUGUGGACGGUGUGCCAUUGGCUUCAGCCAGUGUCACAAAUAAAAAAUACAGAAACAAGCAGACAGAAGACAUCACUGUCAGCUGGACACCCCAAAGAGGUGCUGCUAAUGCUACACAGCUAAUCAGUAUGAAUGGAAAUGCUAAAACUGAGACAUACAAAAAGUUUGAUUCUGGUAUGUAUUCCAAAGCUAAAUGGGACACAACAGUCACCGUUAAACCACCUGUAACCAUAAGAAAGGAAAAUACCACUUCUAGACGUGUUUUGCGUGCUGUCAGUCAAACUACUGGAAAGGAGGAGGAGGUCUUUGAUAUCACCAUGGGGAAUGAUUUUCAUCAUGACUAUUAUGAGGACUAUGAUUAUGAAGAUGAACGGUCCAGGGUGACAAGAGGCAUCAAAAGGCGAACACGCUGGACUCUCAAUGGACGACAGUUGCAUUCUGGAGUGGAAAGGGGAGGGAUUUUAAGACGGCCACAUCUCAGUGGGGCAGAUGCUGGGAAUUACAGCUGCUACAGAGGAGAGAGACUAAUUUCCACAUUCAGAAUCAGCGUAGGGGUGCCCCCAGAGAGUCCCACUGUCUACUGUUACAAGAAGUUUCACACCAGUAAAGUCCGCUGUGAUUGGACAUCCAAAACUCGAGUAACCCCGCGGCCACUCUGUUACCUACUUCUUUUUAGAGAAUCGUUUGGUAGCGUCACUCGUGUACCUUGUUCAUCCUCCCGCUCGCGCUGCUGGUGUGCUUUCCACAUGGAGGAGGGUGACAGAGAUCUCUAUGGGGCAAAACUGUGUGUGUCUAACACAGCAGGCAGUGCCACAAGCCCUUAUAUCAGGUUCAAGCUUCAUGAAAUCAUUAAGCCUGACCCUCCGACCUUCGUGGUGGUGAGAGCGGUUGAGGGCCAGAAGCAUAUGCUUAAAGUAUCCUGGUCUUAUCCCAGUUCCUGGAAGCAUGACUUCUAUACCCUGAAUUUCCAGCUGAGAUACCGACCACAGCUCACAGAACAGUUUCAGUCAGUGCUGAUAGAUGACAGGACUUCCUGGACAAUUUAUGAUGCUCUGCCACACACUCAGUAUGCAGUGCAGCUCCGGGCCAAGGAUGAGUUUGAAGGUGUCUGGAGUGACUGGACUGACACUGUCUAUGCAGUCAGUUGGGCAGCUCCUGAGAUGACAACUACCUAUAAGAGCUUUACUUUGGAACCCUUUGAGAUGAUUCCUGAAGGUUCAGGAGGAUCUGGAGAAGACCAUGUUGUAGUUAAGUCUGAGCAAGAAAGCAUGGGUUCAGGGGCAAUAAAUGGAGCUAAUGAUACUGACUAUGCUACAGUGUGGCUGUGUGUGAUGUGUUUUUGGGCUGUGUUUUAUUGUAGUCCUCACAGUCUAUUUACUCAGGUAUAGGCUGCAUUUCACGUCUAGAACAGGAAAACAGACUUUGCCCUUUGCAUUUCUCCUUCAUUACCCUCGGCCUCUUCCCGCUCCUGCUCUUUCUGAACAGCUUCCAGAGGAGGAAAAGUCUCUGAUGUCUCCUCCAAAACACAGCCAGCAACAUUUCCUUCCUGUUCAGUAAGAGGAGCAGGAGGGCAUUCAUCUCAUUAACAUGGAUUAUGACAUGAGUAAACAGAAGAAACCCCACUGUAGUGUAUACAAAGAGACUGACUAAGAUUCACAUGCUGUUUUUAUGUGAUUCGGUAGACUUUUAUGAGUUUGAAAAGAAAUACUGAGUGUUAUUGAAUAGACAAAGUAUUUAAUCUGUGACUACAUUUCAUCCGUUACUGUAUAUCAUGGAUAUUUAGACUACUUUCAAAACCAUUUGUAAAUAAGGGUUUAUUAAAUGUUGACCAUGGCAGUCUCACACGUGAAGCAGAAGCACUUUCUAUAAGUAGUUCUGAAUAAGUGUGUCUGCUAAAAGAAUUACAUGAAUGUCAACCCUCUGAGGUCUUUAAGGGGUUUUGGGGGCCUGGAGAAGUUUUGACAUGUCCUGACUUUUGUGCUUGUAAACAUGUGUAUAGCUAAAGUCUGAAAACAUCGUAUUCAACAGAAACUGGGCUACAAUAAUAUGUAAAUAGCAUGUUUGUAGAUGACUGUGUUUUUGAGAAAACAACUUUUAUACAUGGUUAGAGAAAAACUUUUGAAAAAAAUUUGAAGUCACUGAAAUAAGGUCAUAAAACACAUACAGAACAUUUGUUCACAAGACUGUCAAACCUGGAGCUUGUAGCCUAGAAUUUUUGCUUCAAAGUGAUGUGAAAAUCUUCUUGUUUACUCGCUCACAGAAAACAAUAGAUUGAUUUAAAUGUUCUAAAACACUUUUUUGUUUCGAAAGGGCAUAUGCGAGUAUCGUGAUUGACCAUGAAUAUUGGUGUGAUUUACACCUGAGGAGACAAAGGCCCGCAUAAUGAGCUGCAUAAUGAGCCUUUCAGUCAGGUGUGUGACUGAGAAGGAAGACUUAAAGAGAGAAUGUGAGGACAAAAUAAAUGUAUAUAUUUUAAGAUUUGUAGUUUAUUUAGAAUAUAUUUAAUUAUCAGACAAAUUAACUUGAGAUUUACUUGCGAGUGCAGUUAAAAAGUUUUUUAGGAACAAUCAAAGCUUACUUUUCAAAGCAGUUUUUUUUUUUGCAUCAUUACUCCAGUCACACGAUCCUUCAGAGAUCAUAUUCAUAUUCUGAAUUGUUCCUCAAAAAAAAAAAGAAAAAAAAAAGAUGUUUAUGAUCUCUGCUGGAUCAAGCCGCUUUAUUCUAUUUUCUGAGGAAAUCCAAAACUCAAAUCCUGAGGUAAUCCUCAGCACACCUUCUUGGGAUGAAUUAUGCCUUAUUCCUCUCAGUGCGAAGUGAACAGUAAAAUAAAUAAAUAAAAAAACU